UUGUGUUUUUAAGGAACUGUCUGUUUACACCUGUACCUGAAAAUCUAGUUUGCAUAUCUAAAUACAUAUAUCUGUCAUCAUCCUCCUUUUUGAUAGUUUUAUUAAUUUAUUUAAGCUGAUUGUGUGUCUGUAACAAAGCAUAUGGUGCCAGAGUUUGUUGUGAACUGUUCUGAACAAAGAGCGGGGUGUUGUUGUGUUGAAGCCACUGGAAGUCCUGUUGUUGUGGAGCGAUGCAACACAAAGUAAACGCUGGAUGUGAGUGGAAGCAGCUUCCUGUGGACAGAGGUUAUUAGUAGAGGCAGAGAAGCAGUGAGCUCCCAGGAAUCAUACUUUAAUUCCUCUGGUUGUCAGAUCUGGAGGCAUGCACCCUCAGCGUCCUCUUCCUCAGGCCAUGCCCGCCUCUUCCUCCCCCUCGGCGGGGCAGCACCUGCAGAACUUGGCCAUGGGUCUGGGACGGGGCAAGAACUUCCUCGGGGGCAACUUGGCCUACGGCUUCGUCCAGUCGCUUAAGGAGUGCCUUUAUUUCCUCCUGUGCUGCUGGUGCAUCAAAGAGAUCCUGGACUGAAGAUUUAUCUUCUUUAUCUACAGAACCGUUUGUUCAACACCAAUAAAAACAGAAUCAGAUCUGCUCAACACCUAAAUCCAUGAGUGGACUGACUUUUCUGAGCUGGUUCUGGAGUUUUUAGGAACAAAAACGAGGCACCUGAAUAAAUAAACUUACAAACCAAAGAAA